ACUGCGUAUCAUUUUCAGAAUUUGGCGCGAGGUAGUUACAUGCUGAACGGAGUACGAGCAGUUUGAUUUGUACACUAUCUGAGGCACUGUUUUGAAGACGGACGGACACUGGAUUAUGCUCACUAUCUUCAAAGAAAAGAGCUGAACAAAAAUCCACACAAUGUCAGUGGCAGUGGAAACCUCAGUGUCCAGGGUGCCUCUCCCUCUGCCCACCCACUUCUCCCAUGCUGAGCAGUCCUUCUCCCUCAAAAAGCGCCGUUUCCCUUUUUACUCGUCGUCCACAUCCAACUCAUCCUACUGUUCCCCUGCCCAGCUCUCACAUUCUCUGCCCCCACUGCCACCAUCCAAGGGAUGUCCCCCUCUGAGCAGGAUGUUCCCCCAGCCUGCAUCCCCCUGGACACCCCUGUCGUGUUCCCUGAGUAAGUCUCCCCCUCCGAAUGCUGUAUAUGAUCCAAGCAAACAGCAGUCAUAUUUCAGUCAGUGCUACACUAAUUUGGGCCUGUUGGGAAGAGGAUCCUUCGGAGAGGUUUACAAGGUGCAAAGCAACUUGGACGGCCGCCAGUAUGCAGUCAAGCGCUCUACUAAUCGCUUCAGGGGAAACGGUGAGAGAAACCGUAGCAUGAGGGAAGCCAGGAACCACGAGCGCCUCUGUCCCCACCCUCACAUCCUCAAUUUUGUGGCAGCGUGGGAAGAGUGUGGCCGACUGUACAUCCAGACAGAGCUGUGUAGCACCAGCUUGCUACUCCAUGCUGAGAACCAGCCUCCUGGCCCAGAUGAACCUGCAGCAUGGGCCUACCUGUGCGACCUCCUGUCAGCACUACAACACUUGCACUCUCAUGGCUUUGUGCAUUUGGACCUCAAACCCGCCAAUGUCCUUAUUACUGACUCUGGCCGCCUCAAGCUGGGGGACUUUGGGCUGCUGUUUGAGCUUAAACAGAAGAGCACAGAGUCUGUAGAGGGGAAAGUGAAAGACGACAUCCAGGAGGGAGAUCCCAGAUACAUGGCCCCUGAGCUGCUCCGAGGGGAGUAUGGACCCGCUGCAGAUGUUUUCAGUUUGGGUGUUUCUAUUCUGGAGCUUGCCUGUAAUAUGGAGGUUCCAAAUGGUGGAGAGGGCUGGCAACUGCUCAGACAAGGCUUCCUCCCCUCAGAGUUCACCAGAGGCCUGACAACCGAGCUUCAGACAGUGCUGCGGAUGAUGCUGGCCUCAGAACCAUCUGAGAGGCCGACGGUCUCUGAGCUCCUUGCUCUCCCGUCUGUUAGGAAACACAGGUGGAAGAGGCGUAUCUAUCUUAUGUUGGCGGAGACCACGCUAACACUGGUCUCCCUCUGUCAGUUGGUGGUGUGCUUUGGGUGUAGGCUCUUGUCCUUUUUUCCUCACUGGACCAAGCGAGUGCCCUGCACUCCUCCUAAGGGUAGCUGGGACAAAGCUUUAACCCUGCCGCUCAGUGCCAUGCAUGCUGACUCUGGGAGCCCAGAGGAUGAUGCAGUGUUUGUGUUGGAUCCCACAGACACAGAGAUGUCCCCCACCUUCUCACACAGGGUAAAAUCUAGACUGUCUGUGGAAAGCACCUCCACUCCUCUCCCAGGAUCCCCGAGACCCAAUCAUCGAAGUCCUGCCCACACACCCACUUACUCAAACCUGGGUGAUUGGUCCUCCUGUAUUUUAGCGCAGACCCCCUCCAGCAUUCACUCAAAUGGUUCUUGCCGCCUACUGACACCCAGAGCCAGCCCCAUACACGCAGAGCUUUGUGCAGACGGCUUGAAUGAAAACUCCACGCAGAGCCAACACUCUCCAUCCACCAAAUCCACGCAGCGUCGCAGCUGGGUCCGCACAGAGGAGCCUUUACCCCGACCCAACUUUGAACCAAAGAACCUGCUCAGUCUGUUUGAGGACACGACUUCAGAGGGACACCUAUGAGCAAAAGACCGUUUACAUUCAGGGGGGAAAUGUGUUUUCACUUCAAAAUGCCGGGUGAAGUUGGAACUUUUAUGAAUGUAAUUUAGUUCGUAUGAACUGUUUUUGCCAUUUUGUUACAGUCUUACAACAGCUUCUUUUAACGUUUAAUUAAAGCAAUAUAUUUAGGGUAAAAGAGAUGAACGUAUAAUCAGACCUUUAAAGCACUUUUUAUGUUUGUGUAAAUGCAAUCUGUUGCUGAAAUGACAAGUCAUGAUGUAUUGUGGAUAUAAGUUAUUAUUAGCUUGGUGCACUCUGAGUCAUUUACCUCAUGAGUCACAGAAGAAAAUAAAACAAAGGGAAACAGGAUAUAAACUUGUGGAAUAUCUUUUUAGUAGAAGGAACUUCAACAAAACAAUAAAAAACAGCUGUGAUUGGUGUGUGUUUGUGAGUCUGCAAUUAUACCUGUCAGUGAAAGGACGAUGACGACAACGUUAUUUGCACUGAAUCAGAUGUUAAUCAAAUAUAUAUGUGCAGUAUAUCAUAAGAUCAGCAGUGAAUGAAUGAAUGUAGAUGUACUCAGUAUGUCUGCACCAGUAGGUGGCAGUAACGCACUUCGCGCUGGAUGCCAGGCGUCUUAAAAAAAACCCAGGAAGAGGAUGUGGUUGACCUUUUUGUUUGUGCACACGAUACCCACAUCUAUCGGAAUAUUCAUUCAUACCAAACCUGUUUGAGACUCCGACUCCUUUUAUCUCGUGGAAACGCUACAUCUACAUCCGGUCUGCAAGUUCCUGAGAGAUUUAUCUAGGAUCACUAUUAUAAUCUGGGAUUCAUCAAAGAUUUCGACAAUAUUUAACGGAGUUACAUUAGGUUCACGCCAAUAAAGAUGUC